CUCUGACCCCGAGAUCUUCGCUCGCGCGCUCUUGUGCAAGAGGGGGCGAAAGCGGCGUCGGAGAAACAGACAAGCGGGUUGAGAUUGACGUCACCCUCCCAGUCUCGCCUUUCACCACGGUUAACGCACGACGACCGCGAACGCCUGCGGUUCUCCACACAUCGCGACGGCACCAUCGCGCAACCGAUCGCCGAUGCGACCAGACGCGGCGCCUCCGCGACCGGAAAUAGAAACUUCCACCGACGACGACUUGACUCCACCUCAUGAUGCCGUUUAGCAACAGAUGAGGAGGGCUUCACGUUCGCUGUACAGACACCCCCCAAAACGCGUCCCCCCCUCCCUCCCCCCCGUCUUUACAGCGGGUCAUCGGAGAAGUAGCGCGCCGCUAACGUUGUAAUGUUUGUCAGGGUCGCGGUGCCACAGCUCACCGUCGCGCUAUAGCUAACUGCCAGUCGGUCUUGCUAGUGGCGCUCUCGCCGAGCCGCGUUAUUUCCUGCUGGGAACCCCCCCCCCCUCCCGGAGGGUCGCUAUGGAUGUGCUAUGGAUAACACCGCUGCUGCUGUUUCCGCUGCUGCUGUGGACGAGCGGCACGUUUGUUUUUUACUUCAAGAAAUGUUUCUACGUCGCUUGGAUGAUGUGUUUGGCCUUGCUGGCGAUUCCCCUGUGUGUGCUGAAGAGCGGCGGCAGAGACAUCGAGAACAUGAGGAUUAUCCGCUCCCUGGUUCGACAUGUGAAGUAUUUUCUGGGGCUUCGAUUUGAAGUAAGUGGUUGGGAACACUUGCAGACAGAGGGGCCCUAUGUCAUCAUCUCCAACCACCAGAGCUCUUUGGAUGUUUUGGGCCUCAUGGAGAUCUUGCCAGACCGCUGCACUAUGAUUGCAAAGAAGGAGUUGAUCUACGCUGGCACGGUGGGCAUCGUUUGCUGGCUGGGUGGCAUUGUUUUCAUCAAUCGCAAGAAGACCAGUGAUGCCAAGAGUGUCAUGGCAGAUGCUGCCAAGACUAUGUUGGAUGACCAAAUUCGCCUAUGGGUAUUCCCAGAGGGUACUCGGAAUCAGAAAGGAGACCUUCUGCCCUUCAAGAAGGGUGCCUUUCACUUGGCAGUGCAGGCACAAGCGCCCAUCAUACCUAUUGUGUUCUCCUCAUACAGAAGCUUUUACUUACGAAAAGAAAAGCAGUUCAAAUCUGGAACCAUUAGGUUGAAGAUCCUCCCGAAGAUUGAGACGAAAGGGAUGACAACGGAGGAUGUGACGUUCCUCUCCGACAAGUCUUUCAACUUGAUGCGCUCCGCCUUCCUUGAUGUUUCUGACUCCACAACCCAGAGUAACGGGCCCUCAUGCCACUGAACAUUGAACACUCUCCCGACCCCCCCCCCUUCUCCUACGUCCCUGUCUGACCCCAUUCUUCCCCUAAACUCAACCCCUUCGGUGUCUGUUACCUGGCCAGGAAACGACAUGACACAGGUCUGUCAUGAAAUAUAUCUUGUCUACUCGACAUCUGGUCCAGUCUGCCUCUAGCCUGACCCAUACAGCACAGUCAGUCCCGACCCUCACUGUGUCUGCAGAAGCCACAGCAGCAGUGCUGCUCUGCAAGCUGUGAGUGGAGUGACGGACGGCAAGCCGAACAGUAUGGAUGUGCAUUCUUCUUGCAUGCCUUUUGGAUAGCUUAGUCCAUAUUCAUCCUUGGUUUCUUCAUUUGCUUUAAAAACCUGCCUUUUAUUGUCUUACUCAGUGGUCUUUUGUUUUUUCGUGUGCCUUUUUUUAUCGUUUUGUCUUUUUCUCUUCUGUUCAGCCAAUAAACCUAGGCAUUUUUUCUCAUUUGGUCAUAGGCUUAAAUGUCAUUGGAUAUUUGUGUUCCUUUCAUGCUGCCUUAGUUAUCUUAAGUAGCGCACAUACACACAGACUUAGACACAUACAAAAUACGCUUAAUUUUCCUUGCCUGUUUCCUUUUAUUGUAUUCACCACGUCUGCAUUCCAGUCUCUUGUCAUUUUUCUGAAAGACAAGAGGAGCAGGGUCUUCAGGAGAAGUAGUGGAGGUGAGCGGUUGAUGAUAAAGGUUGACCAGGGACUUUAUCGAUGUACCUACAUGAACUUAACUCCAUGUCCAUAUUGGUUUUUCAGCUCCCUGACCAAUAGCUCAGCGGCAUAUUAUAUGAUAUCAAACAGCAAAGGGAUAAAAGUUGACAAUGUAUAACAAUAGCACCCCUUUUUGUCUGUCUGAAUUUGGGGACUUUCUUCCUAUUUUUUUCUCCCUGUUAAAGGGUUUUUUUAGGGAGUUGUUCCUUAUCUGAUGCGAGGGUCUAAGGACAGGAUGUUGUGUUGCUGUAAAGUCCACUGAGGCAAAUUUGUAAUUUGUGAUGAUGGGCUAUACAAAUAAAUUUGACUUGACUUGACUUGACUUGACGCGAGUUGACUCGACUUGAGUUGACUCAACUUGACUUGAGUUACCAAUUUUCAAUGUUGCGCGUGUCUGGCGACCACCAUAUGUCCUUUUUGAUUUGACUUGCUUCCGCGUAGAUGAGAAAUGUUCUGUGUGGGACACUGGAGCAAGUGUCCUCUGGCUGUAUUCUUUAUUUUUGCUGUAUAUUUAUUUCCACAUUUGAUGGUCUUGCUUUAUUCUAAAACAAGACCACACGUUUCACUCCUCAGAGAAGACCCCCAUAAGUGAACCUUAUGUGUCAAAGACGAUUUCAUAAAGUGCAAUGUCCAACUGUUCUAACAUUACUGUUCCAAAGUGCAAGCUACCUGCUGUGCCAUGUCCAAGUGUUUUUUGUGUGGCGUUUUAUAUGAGCUCAUUGUUUCAAAACAGUCUGCUUGAUCAGUUAGUUUCGGAUUUUAUCUCUUCUUUUUACUGUUCCUUUAAAAAGACAACAGUAGUAUUCUUGCUGUGGGUCAGCGGCAAGAAACAUGAAGAGGUUCUAGAUGUGUCCUCGUUUGACUUAGGUGUUUUUUUAUGUUUCUUAUCUGUUGAACCUUCACUAAUUACUAACAAACACAGCUUGCUCCAGUCUACAUCUCAGAGUUAAAUCCUUCAAUCUUGACUUUGUCGAUUCAAAAUUAUGUAGGAAGUCUAAUAAUGCCUACACUACAGGGAAUUUUAAAACGUGGGAUAAAUCAUGCAUAAAUGACAUCAUUGGGCUACAUUGUGGUAAAACUAUCACAUAAGCUUAUAGGUAAAUAGUUGAUUCAAUGAGGAAAUGAGGAUUCAGUGAGGAAAUUAUGGCCUUAAGUUUGAGUUAGUUUGUGUACUUGGUCACUAAGCAGUUGCUUUUCCAUGACAAUCUUGUUUUUUUGGACUAUGUGUUGACUGAUAGAUAAGCAGAUAUAACUGAUAGUUUAAUCAUUGGUAAUACCAGCCUUUUAUUAAGCUACAUCCAGGUCUUGACAUUUCACGUUGCUCACUGCCUUUACUCUUAAGUUUGCAAAUGGGAGUUAUACCUGCAGCUUUUUUUGCCCAUCAAACACCAUCUGAGAAUGUAUUUCAGAAUUCAGGAUAUUUGUGUACUACUAAUAAUGGCGUCUAACUAUUUUGUUAUUUUGAAGUUAUUGUGUUCAAAUGUGAUUUUGUUUUGCAUAUUGUCCAGGAAAUGUGUUUCUCACACCACCAAGCUGAGUGUUUACUUUCUCCCUAGAGUGAUCUGUUGUGCACACAAACCUUCUGAGGAGCCCAUCGUAGAAGAAACAAUGGACUCGUCACGGUUCUGCCCCUAAGCUCUUCAUGGUUGUAUGACAGCAGUAGUUUUAGUGGUAUCUUCCCGGCUCCCGGAUUCCAGGCUUAAGUACAAAUGAAGGUUUCAUUUAUCUUCAGGGCCAUGAUAUGGAGAAUAUGUCCAAGUUAAUAGUAGCUAAUCUGUGUUUGUUUUUUUUCUCCUCAUGAUAUAUAUUGGCUUAUAUUAUGCUUAUUUUUUAAAGCGCAAGUUUAACUUGAGCGGCGUAUGGUUUGAAUUUUAAACAUUAUUAUUAAACCAAAUUAUGUCUUCAAAAUUAGAAAUUUGCUAAUUUUGUUGAUCGAGGUUAUUAUCCAUUUGCCUUUUUUUUUUAGUAGUACAAAUUUGUGAUUUGUUGGACUUCACCUCAUGGGCUUAAAAUGAUGGUGGCUAAAAGGCUCUGCAACAACCCUGUUGAUUGAUUAGGCUGUUGACAAAUAGAUGAUAUCUAAGAUAUUGGAAAAGAUUAAAAGUAUUCUAAAACUAAAUAAAGCACUCUUAUGUUGCUUUCAGACGUUGUAUAUUUGGGAUAGGGCGAGAGGGGGGGGGUGUUGUGAGGUUAAAAUCCUCUGAACUAUCACCAAAGCUACUGAAGUGUGAUUUGGUGAUAGCUUUAGAUGGAUUUGAGAAGAAGAGCUGGCAGAAGCAUCUUGUCCGACAUCCUGCUGAGCCUUGUAUGUGUGUGGUCCCCUUGUGUGAGUACAUGCACAAACGGUACAGGAGCUCACUGUAGUAUCUUGAUUUAAUAUUAAUGAUGUAGUGUUCCUGAUUUCACAAACUAUGGGUACAUUUGUUUGAAUGCCUUGGAAAAGAAUAAAGUCAUUCUUUAUUUCUUAA